GAGGGAGGGAGGCAGGGAGCAGCUGAAGGCAGAGACAACUGGUGUGCACGGCUUUCCCAAGAGGAAAUGAAAAGAAAGAAGCUCAGCGAGGAGAGUGAAUGAGUGAGCGGCAGAGAGGAAGGGUGGGAGGGCGCACGCCGGCUGGAAGAACGGAGGGUGGGAGGGAGUUAGACAGAGAGAAAGAGAUUCUCACACUAGCGGCGUCCUAAUCCGAGUCCAUCUCCAAGACGCAGCGGAGCAGAGUGUUAGUGAAGUGAUUCCGAGAGCCAAGGAGAGCUACAGCAGCUCGUCACACACACAUCCACACAGUCUUCUUCCUCUGCUGUCACAAACACACACUCUUGCAACAGGAUGCGUCCGGUUGGGCGGCCACGGCUUUUGUGAAAGUGAGGGGAUUGACGGUGCCCACCCCUUCCUGACUGUCCCAGCCUGCCCCCCUUUCGUUCACACACACCGUGUCUGUUUGCUGUGUCUAAGCUCGGGGCGCUGCUGCUGCUGCUGGAGGAGGAGGAGGUGGCGUCGGAGGUGGGGUGGGCACUGCCAGGGCAGAGCAGGGGGCACCUUAGAGGAGAGGAGGAGGAGGAGGAGGAAGACAACAAAGUGGAUCAGAUCAACCGUACGCGGACUGGAAAUGCCCGUCAGGUCUGAGUCUGUCACAACCCGAACCAAUCGCAGCCUUCAUUAAGGUGCAGCGUCGGGCACUGGAUUGGAGCAAGCAUGGCGAGCAUGCCGUUUGUCAGCGAGGGGAAAUGUGUGAGUGUAGAGUGGGAUUUCCUACAAGGACUUCUUGCCAAGCCUCCUACACUACCCUGUCUCCAGAACCUGCGUAAAGAGAAAUCUCGCAAUGCAGCUCGUUCUCGGCGGGGGAAGGAGAACUUUGAGUUCUUUGAGCUGGCCAAGAUGCUGCCUUUGCCAGGGGCCAUCACAAGUCAACUCGACAAAGCUUCAGUCAUCCGGCUGACUAUCAGCUAUCUGCACAUGCGCACCUUUGCAAGCCAAGGAGACCCACCCUGGAGCCCUCUACUGGAGGGUGACAACAACUGCAACAAAGUGAGACGAUCAUCUCAUUCUUUGGCCACUGAUAUGUUUGAGCAGCACCUUGGGGCUCACCUCCUGCAGUCUCUGGAUGGCUUUGUGUUUGUGGUCAGUCAUGAGGGACGAUUCCUCUACAUCUCAGAGACCGUUUCCAUCUACCUGGGGCUUUCACAGGUAGAGCUGACCGGCAGCAGUGUGUUUGACUACAUCCACCCGGCGGACCACGUGGAGAUGGCCGAGCGGCUGGGAAUAAAACCACAUCUGCGGGCCGAGGCUGGCUGCCACACGGCCCCCGACAGCGCUUCCAGCACCGCCUCCACCUCUUCACUUGCCGGUACCCCUGAGCCUGCAGGUCCCUCUAGUCCUCAUUCUGCUGCUGACGAUCCACCAGAUCGUGGAUUUUUCAUCCGCAUGAAGUCCACACUCACCAAAAGAGGCCUGCAUGUCAAGUCCUCUGGAUACAAGGUGAUCCACGUGACCGGACGCAUCCGUUGCCGCCCUGCACUUGUCCCGGGCUCCACGCGGUCAGUCCGUCGCCCAAUGGGUUUGGUCGCUCUGGCACACACGCUCCCACCCUCCACGCUUAACGAAGUCCGUAUGGAGAGCAACAUGUUUGUCUUCCGAGUGAACAUGGACCUGCAGGUCACAUAUUGUGAAAACAGGAUUUCAGAGUAUAUGGAUCUGACCCCUGCAGAGGUGGUGGGAAAUACCUGCUAUCAUUUUGUCCAUGUGGAAGACCUGGAAAAUAUCCGGCAGAGCCACGAGGACCUGCUGAGGAAAGGCCAAGUGGUGACGGGCUACUAUCGCUGGCUUCAGAGAAGAGGAGGCUACUUGUGGAUCCAGUCUACUGCCACUGUCUCUAUCAAUCACAAAGCCCCCCAUGAGCGCAACGUCAUCUGGGUGAACUACGUCCUGAGUCGGACUGAGAUGCCCGACACUCCCCUGGAUCUGAUACAGCUACCGGAGAGCAUAAGAGCGGAGAGACUUCGAGUCAGCUCGUCCCCCACUGACAGCUCCCCACAGGCCAGAGGUCAACCACCGGUAAAGAGUUCCGUAGGAAAGAGUGACCCUGACAGUAAAGGUAGAGAGAAAUUUGCUGCCCCUGCCGUCCAAUCAGAGGACAGGAGGAAGCGCCUGCUGAGGUCUGACCAUGAAGGAGCGCCUCCUGAAAGUCGUCGUCGCCUGGAGGAACUUCGACACACAGAGGAGGCCGUGUCAGCCUCUUCAGACCUAGCAAGUGAAAGCGAAGGGGAUGACGAGGAAGAGCAGGAGUGGGACCAGGGGGGAGACAGUGACAGACUGAAACAAGAAGACAGCGGGGGAGGAGGUAAACAGAACAGAGAAGGGGACACCCCAACCAGAGUGGGCAGGGCGCACAAUGGCCGGGCUGUUAUCCAGCAGCUAAAGAGCGUAGUGACCCCGUCUACCUUGCCAGGCAGUCCCACCAUCAAGACCGAACAUGAAGUCCUGACCACUGGAGGGCGCUGGGGGUCGCACACGCAAACCUCCACCCCUCACACGCACACCUCUCAGCCCCAGCCGUCACACGCACACACACCGUCCAGUAGCUUAAAUGGCGACAGUCCCACUACCCCAAUCCCUGACUCCUCAUCCAGCAGCGAAGCCCCAUCUAAAGGCUUGUUCACCCCUCCCUCCCCCGCACUAUCCCCUGUCAUGUCAGUGUCAUCCCCACAGCCCCGUGAGGACAGAGCUGUUUCUGGAGUGGUCAGUCGCAGCGCCGCUGGUGGUGGUGCAGGUAAUGGCCCCGACUUCGAGCUGCUCCAGAGAUUGGCAGGCGGUGCGGCAGGACGGGUCCUCUUUCACCCCCUUGCUCUCGGCCCGCAGGGUCCUCAGAGCCUGUAUGCCCCAAGCACUAUCCGCUAUGCUCCACCGGAGCUGCCCCCCUCCCACCACCAUGGCACGGCGCACAACGAUGGCCUGCAGCUACGAUCUGACCACCACAAGGGACCCCCACCGACCUUCUUCCCACACUUACAGCGGCUGGCCGGGCUGCCACCCUUCAGUGGUUUCUCCCCAUCUGACAGCCCUUUCUCUUCCGGCCUGCCUUUCUGUAUGAAUGGAUUGAGGGGGGCUGCAGGCACCGAGGAAGACUGAACCUCAACGGGGAGAAGGAGAGAAGAAAAAAUUUAAAAUGAAGUGACAUGACAGACAGAGAGACACUGAAAAGGGCACAAAAGACAGAAAUGGCAGGACAUUAAGCCUCUAAGGACACUACUAAUUGGACAAUGAGCUGGAUAACUGCAAUCUGAAGAAUAUGACACAAAAAUUUACUUUGAACCAGUGACAGCAGCUCUCAGAGAAAACAGGACAUGGACACUUUUGACUGGUUGUCCCUAAAGACUUCUUAUCUCCGCAACAAUAAUAAACUCUGCUCUGUCUUUCUCUAGAUGACCAUGUUGCUUUCUGUGUCUCUUCCACUUGGAGAAGCCAUACUGUACAUAGCUACAAACAAAACCACGAAGACCCUCAGCUUGCAUCCAUGUCACUUUUACUCCGGUUAACCCAGUUAAACCAGUAGAAGAAGGCGGACACUUGUCUGUGAGGGAGGAAAGAGACUUUUGGAGUAAAAUGUUUUUAUCAUUGCAGUAUUAUAAAAAACUAUUUCUUUCGCUGGGCUCCAAAUGAGAGUUUAAUUGUAAGGUUUUCCUUAAUAUAGAUAGAGAUGACCUUUUGAUGUUUUAUAUCUGAUCUCUGAAAGAUAUUACAGACGUGUUCAGUCAGCCAGACUUAAAGCACAGUGUUGGGACAAAACCAUGAGUAAUGUGGUCCCAUACAUUCCAGUAUAUAUUAAGAGAGGAAAAUGCAUCACAGACAGUUGUUGUUUGAAUAUAAGAAGGUAAUUUGUUUGACUAAGUGUUAAUUAUAGUAUAUUGUUUAUUAAGCUGAGGUUGUGAUUGUGUAUGGAAGCCAUAUUGAGUUUUUCCUUGUUUUUUUAUAUAUUUCAAACAUUAAUACAUUGACGUAGGAUUUUUAUGUCCAAACAAACAAAAUAACAGUUUUAUUGGAUGUGCAAUGUCAUCCAAAUUUUUCCUUUUACGCUUUUUUUGAAAAAGUAUAUUUCUGAGAAUGUUUAGGAGAGGAAAUGGUGCAGGACAGAAGUGUUUUUGUCACCUGGACCUCUUGUGUUUUUAUGAGCACUUACUGAAAUUUGUUCUGGUGUGAACUCAAUGCACUUGGUGACUCAGAUGUUUGAUCCUGUUAAAACAGAAAACAGCAGAAGUGGUCGUUAAUGAUAUAGACUGACCACAUAGCGCUGAAGGGGGAGGGUUGGUGGUAUUUCUGUAAAAAAGGCAGGUCGAUAAAUAGACCCUCGUUGGUCAUUAAAAUAUGACCAUUUGAGGUCAAUAAAACAAAGCCGUCAACUUGAUGUAAGGAUGUAAAUUAAAGUAGAGGAACAAGGCUCUCGACAUCUAUUAGCAUCUCCAGUAAAGAUGUGCAAAUGAGUUAAUAUUUUGUUGCAGUAGCAUAAUACCACAGUAAAUGCCUACUUUUAAUUUGAAUGCCAGUAUUCAAUGAGGGAAAAAUAUCCAAUGUCAUGUAAGAAAAGGAUACUCUUUUAUUUAUACUUACACUUUUUACAUUUAUAGGAGAGUAUAAGAGUGUCAAAGAACUAGAAAUUGGCCUGUUUCCGGUAUUGAGGUUUAAAACAACAAAUUUCACACAAACUGACCAUUGUUUUUCUUUCUGGCUGUUUAGUACAUAUAAUAGAGGAAUGCUGUAUUUUCCCUACCUGUUGCUGCGCACUGCCGGUCAGUUAACUAAAAGAAGGCUACAACACUUACAAGGAAGACAAAUUCAGCUGUUCAAAUAUAUUUAUAAAAUGGACAAAGAUAACUUAAAUUAUGAGUUAAAUAGAAUAAUGAGAUUAAAUGUGCAGUUUUGCUCAGUCAAGUCUAAAUUAAGUAUAAAAUAAAAUUAUAAAAAAUAUACUAAUAAACACAUGAAUAUUUACACAUUUUUACAAAUAUAGCUGGAAAAAACAUGGAUACUCACUUUUUAGAAAAGAGUGCCACUCAUCACCCUUAAGACAAAACUGUAAUGAAAUUGGAGUCUCAAGCGAUAAACGGUAUGUCUGACAACUGACAAAGAGCACAUUGACUACCCGAGCAGAUAGCCUAAAUAAUUACCCACAUAAUAUCAGCUUGUUAUAGCUUGUUGCUUUAAAAUGAGAUUAAAAAUGUUAGAUAUUGUGUGCAAAAAGCACUUGAAAACUAAUACUAAAAUUAGCUGGUGUUUAUUUUAUAGUUUUGCAUAAAUCUAUGUCUGAAAAUUAGAGUAACAAUACAUAAAUCUUAAAGAUAAUAUUAUUAGAAUUUCAAUAAUCAGUGGUUUACAUAAUAUUUAAAGCAUUAGACAUAAUUGUUGCAUUUCUGUUUUACAUUAAAGCAGUUAAAGCAUUUUUUGUGUAAUACAAACAGUAUUUUAUGAUUUCUAAGACCAACCUAUAUGUUGGAAGGAUUUAUGUGAAUUACUGAGUAAAUUAUUAACUUGUGGUGUUAAUGAAAAAAAAAUCCAGUGAGAAGAGCUGAUCCGGUAAAUAUUCCACUACAGAUUUGGGGAGCAUCUCAGACCACUUUGCUGAAACAUGUAAAUUCAGGAUCAUUAAAAGGGAAAAAUAGGACAUUUCGGGUAAAAAUCUCAUGCUGGCCCAUGCCUACUAGGCCAUUUAAAAAAAUCUAUGACUUUCUUUCCCUAGGGUAUAAAUAAGAUGCACCAUUGAGACCCGAUUUCUCUUUGUCACUCUUUAAAAUAAAAAAACAGCAGCACAAAAAAUUGCUUUUCACCUAAACUUGCUCAUUACGACAGUCAGAGCAAGGAUUAAAAAACUGUCUCAAACUAGGCUGGACAAGGAUCCAAGCUCAUGUUGCCAACAUGUACAGUAAGCAGGAUAGUUAGGGAGGGAAAUAAUGUACAUUUCUAAAGAUCAUUGUUAGGGAACUACAGACAAUUUUUCAUUGUGAGAUUAUGUUUCUGCAAUUAAAGGUGAAUUAUUUUAAGGAUUUUUACACGCCUUUAGCAGGGAUGCCAAUAAAUGUGGUGGAUGCUAUACAUGAAUCAAUAUGAAAAGAAAAUUUCUGUUUUAUACUAAUUAACAUGCUUUUCAUGACUGAAAAAAGGCAUGUUCUACUUUUCGAUUUGUGCUUGUAUUAGAUGAGACACUGAAAGUCUGCAUUCAGAAAACAUUAAAAUUCUAUAGUUUGAUAAUUUUCACAAAAAUCUCAGCAAUAAUGCAUCCAGACUUCAUAAAUUAUAUAAAAAAAAUUAACAAAGAAAUGGUUUUCUAGCACUUUGGAAUGAGGUCUUUUGCACCGGUCUCUAAAACACAGAAAAAUGUCAUAUGUUUGGAAUUUAGGAGGCUUUUUUGCCUCCAAAAUGAGAUUAUAGUUAGUCUCCGCUGAGGAUUUAGUUCACACACAAACCUGAUGUUCCAAGUCCGAUGUUUGGGGGAAUGAAACCAUUCAAUCUGCUGUGUGCAAUACAUGCAUAUGUUGUAGCCGUCACACAUGCCGAGUGUGGGAGCACACUUGUUCUCGGGUGUUUACCAAUGUAAAAAUGCGAGUGUGGAUGCUGUUCUGAGUGUGCGUUUGCUUGUGUGUGGGUGUCUUUUUGUUUUUGUCUUUUGUUCUUGUUGUUGCUAAAUUUAAAAAAAAGCUAACCCCUAUGCCCAUCACUGUGAAUCUAACAUUAUCUUCCUCACAUGUUUGUGAAUAUGUCAGUCACCCAUCAAAGAAAAUGAACAAAUGUAAAGAUUAAAAAAAAAUGAUGCAGAUGACGAUAACAAUAAAAUAUUCCAGUAGAGGAGCACAA